CAUCACAAAGCCUUCUCAUUCCAAACCAAAUUUCAGUCUCUCUCUCUUUUGAAAUGAAGGCUUCUUUCAUUCUUCUUGCCAUUCUCCUCUCCUUCCUUUUGCUUCUCAACUUCUGCCAUGCAGCAGCAGAGGAAAAUGUGGCUGAACUCCAGCUUGGCCAAGGUGGCGGUGGUGGUGGCAGUGGCGGAGCAACCAAAAAUGAAGAAGAAGAUGAAGAAGAGAAGUUCAAGUUUCUUCAUCACCACAAGCCAUUCUUCAAGAAGCCAUUUAAGCCAAUUCCAUUGAAGCAUCCCAUUCUGAAGAAGCCAAUCCAUGUUCAUCCAAUUCUCAAGAAGCCAUUUAACCCACCAGUCUUCCACAGCCAUCCUUGAAGAAUUCCCGCCAUAUGAUGAAGAAUGAGCUGAAUGAAGCUGCUACCUUAUUAUAAUGAAUCAGAAAAAGUUAUGUUAAGAAUGAUAUCUACGAAUGAAAUAAAGCAUUGACGUUUGUGUUAAAAUAUACCCGUAAUCUUUUAAAAAGUUGC